AUGCAUCGACAAAAGGCUAUGGUGACAGCAACUGCUGGUGUAGGUCUCAUCGCGGCGACUAUAUACGCCGUGGGAUUAAGACCAAACCAGUCCCUGGAAGUCAGGAACAGGUCGUUGCAGAAAAGUCUAGAUGGUUCAACACCCACGAGGAGCGCGGCCGGCUGGAAGUCGACGGCGAGCCGCAAUGAUGAGCAAGGACUACAUGAGACUAGAAGCAUUAGCAAGAUGGGACCCGAAACGCCUUCGAAGCGAGGGCCCGCAGAAGCCUCAGAGGAGACCAAGUAG